AUGCUCAUGGUUUGGGUGCUGCAGUGGAAUGCUAGGAGCCUGAUGGCUAAUGGACAGGAGAUGAAACACUAUAUAAGGAAGAUGAAGAUACAGCCAGACGUAGUGUGUGUUCAGGAAACUUUUUUGAAACCUAGCUUAGAUUUUAAGGUUAGUGGGUAUAUGACAGUCAGGAUGGAUAGGAGUGAAGAAGAAGCAAGGGGAGGGUGCGCAAUAUUUAUUAGGCAGGGUAUUUCUUAUAGGUUGAUAGAAAGUGGGGAAGAGCAGGAAUAUAUAGUGGUAGAGUUGUGGGAGGGAGGGGAUGCGGUGGUUAUAGUUAACUACUAUAAUCCAGGGGGGAGGUUAAUAUUGGAUAGGUUAGUUAGGAUAAAAGGGGUUGAUAGACGAAAGGUUAUCUGGUGCGCAGACUUUAAUGCACAUAACACUUUGUGGGGUGGGAAACACACAGAUGUAGAUGGUAGGGUAGUUGAGGAGCUAAUGGAGGAGAGGGAAUUAGUAUGUUUAAAUGAUGGGAGAGGGACUAGAAUAGAUGUCAGAACAGGAAAUGAGUCAGCUAUAGAUAUUACAUUGGUAUCAGCAAGUUUGGCAGGAGUCAGUAAAUGGGAAGUGUUGUCAGGAAAGUCGCUAGGUAGUGAUCAUUAUUUAAUCAUGUGUACAGUAGGGGGAAGAGUGGAGGUGGGGGCGGGUAGGGGGCUCCGGAAGUGGGUGUACAGUAAAGCAGAGUGGAAUAAAUUUAGGGAGGUGAGUGAGGGUCUACUGGAGGUAGCUGAUACGAACAGGGAUGUGGAAGAAGUCAACAAUAGUGUUACAACAGCAAUAAUCACAGCAGCAACCCAAGCUAUUCCGAGGAGCAGAAAUGGGAGGACCAGGAAGUUAGUUCUAUGGUGGUCAGAGGAGUGUAGCAAGGCAGUGAAAGCCCGAAAUAAAGCAUUCAGAAAGAUUAAACAAAAUCAUACUAUGGCAAGUCUGUUAGAAUAUCAGAGAGCACAAGCAUUGGUGAGGAGAGUAGUUAAAUGCACAAAGAGGGAGAGUUGGAGACAGUUUUGUAAUGGUAUAGGGAGAACAACACCAGUAGGAGAAGUAUGGGGUAUGAUAAGGAAGAUGGGAGGGGACAGGAGGGAGUGGGAAUAUCCUGUGAUUACAGAGGAAGGAGGUACAGCAGUAAAUGAUAAGGAAAAGGCUGAGAUGAUAGCCAGGGCAUUUGCAAAGGUGCAUAGUGUAGACAAUCUGACAAUAGAGGGGAAGAGGAGAACAGAGAUGACUCAGAGCAGAUAUCCAGGUGCUCUAGACAGGAGGACGGAUUCAGGGGGGGAGAUAGACACCAGAUUUACUAUGGCAGAGCUUGUGAGAGCGGUUAGGAAGGCAAAGCCUACAGCUCCAGGGGGAGAUCAGGUAAGCUAUGUAAUGCUGAAAAAUUUAGGGGAAAAGGGGAUGAACAGGAUGUUAGAAUUGUAUAAUAAGGUAUGGGAGGAGGGAAGGCUACCGAGUGUAUGGAAGGAAGCAGAGGUAGUACCGAUCAGGAAGCCAGGUAAGGACCCAUGCUCUCCUUCUAGCUACAGGCCAAUAGCUUUGACUUCGAACAUUUGUAAAAUUAUGGAGAGAAUGGUAACAGAGAGGUUGACAUAUGUGCUUGAAAAGAGAGGUAUGCUGGCGAGAUGCCAAAGCGGAUUUAGAAAAGGUAGGAACACAAUGGACGCAGUGGUGAGACUAGAAAGUGAGGUGAGGAAGGCGCAAGCGAAUAAGGAAUCUGUAGUGGUAGUGUUUUUUGACAUAGAGAAGGCAUAUGACAUGAUGUGGAAGGAAGGAUUACUGAUUAAGUAG